CCCGAUCCCACGCUCACCACCUUAUCCACUACUACUAUUAUAGUACUACUGCAUAGUUUGAGGAUCCUAGGAAAAAGAGAGAAAAAUAAAUAAUUCUGAUUUUUGUUAUAUAAGGAGUUAGUUUGUAGUGAUCACUGUUGUAAGAUAUCCUCUUGGUACAUUAUAAGCAUGUCUUUCUCAGCCAAGGGCACAAAGAAGUCAUCUAUUCCUCACAUGGAGUCGCGGAUACUUGGGAACAACAACGUUGAUCUACAAAUCAGUGUUUGCAUACAUCGUGUUUUGUGCAACCGCAGUUCACGCCGGGGUGGCUGUAGAGCGCCGGACAGCUCCGAACACUACACCAGGCGGACAAAGGGAUGCCAACUGCUGGAGGGGCAGAAGGUUGAAGGUCAGGAUGGAAGGUCGCUACUGAAGAACCUUAAGUGUGACUCCACUCUAAGUGUGACCCCAAGUGUGACCCCUACAAACACGCCACUGGGACCUGGGACCCGAGGCGAGGCAGCAGGACGUCUCAGCCCUGGUCACGUCAGCCACACUCGCCCUUCACACUUCCUUCACCCGACUUGCCCUCAGGAGCCAGAAGAAGGCUGGCCGGAUGAACGACGGGACUGCUUGUUAUGGUGGGUAGCGCCGCGACUCGUCUGUCUCCGCCAGCGCCAAACAGCUGUACCAGAGGAGUCGGAUGAUGGACUGACCGGCUAACUGGUUGUUUGACGCGUGUGAGGCAGCGGUAACUACGUAGGUCAAGCAAGCACGCCUCCACUACCUAUGGUCUCCUCAAACCUGUCGUCACCAAGCAGGUGUGGUAGCUGUGGCAUUGCAUGAACACAAGUCAGAUGAAGUGAAUCUCUAUUUGCAAUAUUUAGCGGAGCUGUGACACGUGUCAGUGGUGAUGGAGUCUGCAUGCAAGGGUCCCUUCAAGCACUGUGGCUGAUCGCCUCUAGUCUGCCAGCGCCGAGCAGGAUGUUUGCCGGAGACGAGUGACAGAUGGCGCUGAUGUGUCAAGCCUGACGCAACAGACCGUACUGGUGGCUGCCUUGUCUGGCAGCGCCACGCAGCGACGAGGAGGGUGAUGGAUGGGUGUUCGAAGAAGUUGGUGGACUCCUGUAUUUGAUCGUUCGCUGGCUUCUUACCUCAUCUGCUGUUGCUGGCGCCGCCUGCUCAAAACUUCCCUUCGUCCCCUGCGCCAGAGUAGCGGCCGAGGACGCUAUAACUUGUUACACGUACUGUAUACGUACCCAGAGCGGCGCCUCCCCAUUCUUUGGCGUGGGUGAGGUGCCUUCCGACCCUCCACUCAGGGAUCAGUAGUGUUUGUUGCUGGUUAAUGAGUACAUGGUCUUAGGAGUUCGAGAGACUCCACUUUUGAAUUUCGAUUUUUUUUUUUUUUUUUUCGCUGGGAAUUCGAAAUACCGUUUCUCCAAACGCUCUUCGAGGUAUAUUGUAAGCCCUAAAUAAACCAUGGUAUAAAUAAAUUAAAAUUUGAAAGCAAAGGGGUUUAAUUAUUUGAAGCAAUUAAAGUUGCCUUCACAUUUAUUUGUUAAGCCUCCACACAACAAACUCAGUAUUAAAAAAACUAGAUUUGUCUUUACGGGAACCGGGAUAUAGGAGUGAACAUCUCAAAGUAUAUAUAUAUAUAUAAAUAAAAUGCCCAGUUAUACCACCUUCACUCUCAAAACCCAACAACGUAUAUAUAUAUAGGUAACAACCUGUAUUACCCAACUAACCCCCCGGCACCUACACAUUCUAGAAUACUAUAUACCAAACACCAAAUAUAACCACCCAACCUGCCACAUUACCCACCUACUCCUACACCAACCAAUGACAUUAUUACCCCACCUAAUUAAUUAUCCAUCUACUACUACUAAUCCCCCCCACCAAAUACUACUACUGUCCUCACCCCCCCCCCUUGUCCAUCUACUCUAUACUACUACUCCCAACCUACUAUAAAUCUACUCCAUACUAUAAAGUAUAUAAUAUGGUAGUGUACUCUACCUCCUCUACACUGUGGUGUAUCCACCAACUUCUGCUUGAGGGUGGAUGUGUGAGGAUGAUGGGAUGAGAGUGGUAUUGUU